AUGUACCACCUCGCAAAGGGCCUCUACCUCCUGGCCACCAGUAAAGAAGAAUACUCCGUCAUCCUCCUCGGCCUCGACAACGCCGGCAAGACCACCUUCCACGAGCAGGUCAAGUCGUUCUUCCUGCCCUCGCACCCAGACCCGAAGCUCAAAACCGUCCCGACCGUCGGCCAGAAUGUAUCGACCAUCACCCUGCCGGACAUGUACCUCAAGAUCUGGGACGUCGGCGGCCAGCACUCGCUGCGCCGGCUGUGGCAGAGCUACUACGCCUCCGCGCACGCCAUCGUCUUCAUCAUCGACUCGACUGAUAUCGGCGACGGGAACCUGGAGCACGACAGCUCGGGGCGUCUGGAGGAGUGCCGCCUGGUGCUGGAGGACGUGCUGCAACACUCCGAGACGGAGGGCGUGCCGGUGCUGGUGCUGGCUAACAAGCAGGAUCGGGAGGACUGCGUCGAGGUCGUCAGGAUCAAGGAGGGGCUGGUGAAGAAGGUGUUUGAGGGCGAGAAGGCGAGCAGCAUCCGCGACUCGAGGGUGCUGCCCGUGAGUGCGCUGACGGGGACGGGCGUGAAGGAGGCGGUGGAGUGGGUGAGGUCGCGAGUGAAGUGGAACAAGGAGUCGAGGCCGCCGGUGAUGCGGUGA